UGACGAUCCUGUUGCGAUGCAUUCGCUGAUUCGCCGUGAGCCGUGAUGGCGUCCGUUGUAGCCGCGCAACUGAUCAUGGUUUUGGCGCUCGUAGAUGAGUGCGUUGCUGCCGUGCUCUCGCCUUCAGCCUCCCGAGCACCCACAGCCACAUUCAUCCACCCACACGUGCAGACGAAGCGCCAUCGGAUGAGUCAUGAACGGCUGAGAGCGCCGCUAUCUCUUCGGGUGCUUCCCCAUCUGCCUGUCCUUUCGCCAUCAACGACAGCCACAGGCACAGCCACAGCCGCUCACUCACCGCCAACCGGGGAUGAGUCUGCGAUCUCCUCUCCCCCUUCCCUCUCCCCCUCCCCCUCCCGCUCUCUCCCUCCGUCAGCAUCUGCCCCGGUGGGUUAUUCGGAUGCGUAUCUGCGGUGGAAUGCCGAGCACGAGGAGGCUUUGGCCAGAGGCGUGGAGCCCGUGCAGAAAACUGUGGGCGUUCUCCUGAUAUAUCCGGAGCCUGAGACCCCCAUGACGGUCAGAUAUGCAGCAGACAGACGGACAGACAGACGGAUGGACAGAAACGGGAGGGCAGGAGGACAGGAGGACAAGGUGCCCGGCUGUCUGUCUGUCUGUCUGUCUGUAUGUGUGUGUGUGUGUGGUCGGCAGGUGGGUGUCUUUUCUAACGUGACCUACACCGAGCCGCAGGCGCGUGCGAUGCUGUACGAGGCCGUCAAUAGCUGCGGCGGCCUGUUUGCGCUGCAGUUCGUCAACAAGGAGGCCAACGAGAUCAAAGCCGUCGGGUUGCUCGCACAGGUACGUGACGUGGUGGAGGGACGCGGAAGCCAUCCAAUCCAUCUGUGUGGGUGGGUUGGAUGGGUGUGUAUCUGGUAUCAUCCCGCCCGCUCAGAUAUGUGAUCUGCGUACAUCGGAGUUUGGCGUGCACGUGGCGUUUUGCACCGUGGACCGGACUGACCUGCGGCAGGUCGAGCCAACGGCCACUGACAGUGGGGAGCCGUACACGCAGGGGCGGGUGACGCUCUGGCAGGACACACCCAACUCGUACAGGACCAGGGGCAUGUGCGCAACCAUGGCCGAACAAAUCUACAACAUGUACGCAGCCAGCCAGGCAGGCAGGCAGACAGACACCCAGCAACCAUUGCGCGGUCCCCCUCUCUUUAUUUCGUUCCUUCGUUCUUUCUUUCAGGGAUGUGCAGGCGAGUCGGCUUGAGGCCGAGCUGUGGCGCUACAACGGCAACCUGCAUGAGGCCGCAAAGGCCGACGCCAGACCUUCACUUGAACAACGGGUCGAGGAAAUGAUCAACUCGUACGUACCCAACACACACACAUACACACUCCCUCUCUCUUUGUAUCUCAUUCCCUCUAUGGAUCCUUCUUUCAUCGGUUACUGCAGUUUGUACGAGAACCCGAGCACAUGUGAGAUUUGGACGUGUGUGUGCUGGGCGGCGCUGCUGUAUCACUUCGACACGCCCGUGCGGUACGAGGCGCUGCAGACGCAGGACAGCGAGCAGCGGUUGGCCUUCAUCUGGAAGGCCUACCAGGACCUCAUCGACAAGCUCACCAAGGAGAGACAGCACUUCAGGCGCCAACAGGAGGCGUACGGGUCGAGUGAGGAGGGAAAUGCAUUGGGGGGGCUUGGGGGGAGGGCGUCAGCUUACUACGUUGGUCUGGCUGAUGGCGAUGUCGUUCGAGACGUCAAGGCCAGCUACUGAUGGAUGGAUGGUUGAACCACACAUACGUGUAAGGACCCACCACCCACCAUCAUCUCGUGGCCAGCCAGGAUCAUGGCCGUCUCUCGCGGGAAUCAACACAGGAAGUUGUCUGCAUGCAGUGAUGCAGUGAUUCACUGAAUGAAUUGAAUCACAAUGAUCCAUCAUUGACAUGUACAAAGCCGCCAU